AUGACCAGCUUUUUAACCUACAAGACUUUUAUUGAAGAAGGAGACCUUGUCAUUGCGUACAUGUCUCGCGAGAACAUGACACCGCUAAUUAUGGAUCCUAAAUUGACGUACAACAAUAAAUUUGGUACUUUUCGGCAUUCAGAUAUGAUUGGAAAGGAAUAUGGAACUAAGAUGCCUUCUCAUAAUGGCAGAGGAUUUAUGUACUUGUUGCAUCCAACACCGGAAUUGUGGACGCUUGUUGUUCCACAUAGAACACAAAUCCUAUAUAUGGCGGACAUUUCUUUUAUAACAACAUAUCUUGAUCUAAAACCUGGCUCAAUAAUAUUGGAAUCUGGAACUGGAAGUGGAUCCUUUUCUCAUUCCCUAGCUAGAACUGUUGCACCAAAUGGUCAUUUAUAUACGUUUGAAUAUCAUGAAGAACGUGCAAAAGCUGCAAAACAAGACUUUGAAAAACAUGGUCUCUCUGAUCUCAUCACUAUUGAAUGCAGAGAUGUUUAUAAGGAUGGGUUUGGAAUAACUGAUUUGGUACAUGCUGUAUUUUUGGACUUGCCUGCACCAUGGGACGCAAUCGCUUCAGCUAAAGCUGCUUUUAAGCAAAAACGAAUAGGUAAAAUUUGUUGUUUUAGUCCAUGCAUUGAACAAGUACAACGGGCAUGUGCUUCGUUGAACAAACAUGGGUUUGUCGAAAUUAAAAUGUUUGAAUGCCUUAUUCGUAAUCAAGAAGUGCAUACAAUCCCAAUAUACACCGUGAAAGAUGCUGUGUCCAAAAUCAAAGUUCAACAAGACAAAAAACGUAAGCGUAACGAAGAAGAAUCAUCUAAUUCGAAAGCAGCUAAAUCUCCUAAAAUUAAACAAGAUCCACCAAAUUUAUAUGUAUCCAAAACUCCAACUGAAGCAAAAGGUCAUACUAGUUAUUUGACUUUUGCAACGUUUUUGCCAGUUUUAGACGAUGAAGUUGAGAUUAUUGAUAGA